AUGGAGUCGCUUAGUCGGUCAUACCGCAAACACAAUUUAGCGUGCAUCGUCCUAUUGGUGUCGCUGCUGCACGCGAACGCUAUGCCAUCGGAUAAGAUUAGAUUUCAAGUGGACAGUGAAGAUGGUCGGCUAACCGUUCCCGAGUUGAUAAACAAAUACGGGUACGCAGUCGAAGAGCAUCCAGUCAAAACCGAGGAUGGAUACCGACUGAUGCUGCACCGCAUAAAAAGUGAUCGUCCGAAUGCCACCGUCGUUCUGCUGAUGCAUGGUCUGCUGUGCAGCUCUGCGGACUGGCUAAUGAUCGGUCCGGGAAAUGCGCUUGGAUACCUUCUGGCGGAUCGCGGAUACGAUGUUUGGAUGGGAAACGCUCGCGGUAACCGCUACUCACGUAAUCACGACAGUCUCACUCCGGUGUUACCAACAUUUUGGGAUUUUUCGUGGCACGAGAUCGGAUACCAUGACCUUCCGGCCAUGAUCGAUUACAUUCUCGAACAAACACAGCAACCCCGAUUACACUACGUUGGCCACUCUCAGGGAACGACAGCGUUCUUCGUGAUGGCGUCCAGCAGACCGGAGUAUAACGAAAAAGUGAUACAGAUACAGGCGAUGGCGCCGGUCGCCUUCAUGGAGCACAUGAACAGUCCGUUGCUACUGCUGAUGACCAAGUUUCUCAGUACUCUGGAUAUCCUGAGGAAUCUUUUUGGAAUCGGCGAGUUUCUGCCCAACACUCCGAUCCUGCACGAGAUUGCCAAACGCACCUGCCCAACCUCUGCAUCGCCAAACAACCUGUGCAUUAAUCUGCUCUUCCUACUUAGCGGCUGCGAUCCUACGCAGCUUGAUCCGGCUAUGGUUCCGAUUCUGCUCGGUCACACGCCAGCUGGUGCAGCUACGAUGCAGUUGGUUCACUACGCCCAAGAGGUUCGCUCGAAGCGCUUCCGGAUGUAUGAUUUUGGAAAAGUAAAAAAUUACCUCACCUACGGCAAACUAUCGCCGCCGGACUACAACCUGACGAGAGUUACCGUGCCCGUUGUGUUGUACUAUGGGUUGAACGAUUAUCUGGCGGCUCCGAAGGACGUCCACACACUUGCCGCACGGUUGCCUAAUUUACGGCAAAAUGUCCAGGUAAACCACAAGCUGUUCAACCAUUUGGACUUUCUUAUGGCAAACGAUGUUCGCAAAUUGGUGUAUGACGAAGUUAUCGAGCGGAUUGUCGAAGCUGACAAAGUGAAGUGA